UGAGAAGCCCACCUUUGUCUCAUCGUCCCUCUCGCCGAAUCCCGAUUCCUAACCCCGCGCCUUAAAUUGACUUAAAUGAGCCUUAAAUUAGUAGUCAACAUGUCCAAGACACAGAUCUAUGACAUUUAGAGAUCUCACUUGGAUCUGGCCUUUAUGACGCCUUUCGCAGACGAACGUCAAAUGUGAUGGGCACGGAGGGUACUUCUUCAAUGUAUAACAUGAACAGAGGACCUACAAGCUUCGAAACCAACAACAAUGCUUCCUACCACUGUCCUCUUCCGCCUUAUUCUCAUCCUUUUACUCCCCUUCACCCUCGGGGCGGUCAUUCCUCCGACCAACGAUCACUCUCCCAACCGCCGUCUUGCCUUGAAUAAACCCCGGGUUUACCAUUAUCCUAAUGAUUUCUCAGAAACUGAAGCGUGGCUCGCCUGGCAGGCCAAAAUCUUGAGGGGCAAGUAUGCGGAAUACGUUGAUGGAAGAGCCAAGGCGCUUUUGGACAAGGAUCGGGCGGAAGCCAAGAAGGAGCGCGAGGGAGUCGGAGAGGCUGAGGAUCCCAAGCCUCAGAUAUAGGCCAAGAGGGAUACUGCCAAUACCCAUGAGAUACCAAACCUUGAUCAAAAUAUCUCCUUUGGCCGGCAAGGGUAACAGUAUCUCGCAACACUGAUAUGAACUUGGAUCCUUGCAUUAAUGAUUAGGUGGUCUCAUUUUUAUUACUAUGGGCCGGUACCCAUAAAACCCUGUUGUGCAAAGGAUUGUGGAUGCCAAUUUUUCUAUGAACAUCCAUACCCCUUUGCCCUUGCUGCUCGUUGUACUUCUUGAUAACUCGUUACAUUUGCCCAGAGACUGUUAUAAAUCGCUUGUUGUUUGCUCCCAGUUUGAUUGAAAAAAGAAAGAAUCAGUAUACGGAAUGCAUUCCAGAAUCAUAC